ACUUCACUCACACUUCACCUCUUUCACUCAGCGUCUGUAGUUUGACUUUUUACAGUCAGGAUGCUGCUGCUGCUGCUGCUUCUGCUACUGCUGCUGCUGCUGCUGCUGCUGCUGGGUGGAGCACUUUAUUUUGUCUUUGUUGUCAAGAGGCUCAGAUGUAAGAGUAGUGCAAAGUUACACGGGAAAACGGUCAUCAUCACAGGAGCCAACACUGGCAUCGGUAAGACCACGGCGAUGGACCUGGCCAGGAGGGGGGGCAGAGUGAUCCUCGCCUGCCGGGACAGACGGCGAGCUGAGGCAGCCGUCCAGGAAAUCAUCCAGGAGACUCAGAACAAACAGGUGAUCUUCAUGCAGCUCGACCUGGCCAGUCUGAAGUCCGUUCGAUCCUUCGCCGACAACUUCCUGCGGUCGGAAUCCAGGUUGGAUCUUCUCAUCAACAACGCAGGCCUGUUGAACUCUGGGAAGACGGAGGACGGUUUUGGGAUGAUAUUCGGAGUCAAUCACCUGGGUCACUUCCUGCUGACGGUGUUGCUCCUGGACCGGCUGAAGGCGAGUGGACCGAGCCGCGUGGUGAACGUGUCCUCCAAAGCCUUUGAGGCUGGGAAGGUGGAUUUGACCUUUCUGAGGACUCACAGAGAUUUGUCUGUGGGCAGUAACGACUUCCAGCUCCUCUGUAAAUACAGCCACAGCAAACUGUGCAACAACCUCUUCACCUACGAGCUGGCAAAGAGGCUGCAAGGCAGCGACGUCACAUGCUACAGUCUCCACCCAGGUUAUGUGAAGACAGAGAUUUUUCGUAACUUCAGCUUCUGGUGGAAGAUCCUCUUCUAUUUUUCCCAAAUUAUCAGUAAAGAUGCUGAGUCUGGAUGUCAAACCACACUCCACUGUGCCCUGGAGCAAGGCAUCGAACAUCUCAGCGGCCAUUUCUUCUCAGAGUGCGCCCCAGAGCUCAACAUCACUGCGAAGGCUAGAGAUGACGCUGUGGCCAAAAAGCUGUGGGAGCUCAGUGAGACCUUCUGUGGUCUGUCUUAAAUCUGAGCUUCGGUCGAGUCUUUUUCUUUGGUGAAUGUAACGUUUUUCACCUCAGUGUUCCUGACUACAAUUUUGACACAUCUCUAACAAAUCAAUACUAAUAAUAUAUAAUAACAAAAUAAUACAAAAAUAUCUACUUAUAAUUAUUUAUACAAUUUACAUAUAGGAGCAUGUAUGUCUAUCAUGAUGUGUGUGUGUGUGCAGGUGUGUGCAUAUGUGCCUGUGUGUAUAUAUUGAUCUGUAUGUGUGCGUGUGUGUGUGUAUAUCGGUCUAUAUGUGUGUGUAUAGUUGACCUCAUACCAUGCAUAUGUUGUGUAUGUUUACGUGUGUGUGUUAGCGCGUGCCUGUGCACCAUUCAUCGUCAGCAACAUGACCGCUGGCUGCACCCGUGAUUGGGAGCAGAUGGGGACUGUUGGGGUGUGUGUGUGUGUGUGUGUGUGUGUG